AUGGCUAGCAAGAAAGCAAUGGAAGUGGUGAAAGGAAUAGACUUGAAGAGGUAUAUGGGAAGAUGGUAUGAAAUAGCUUCAUUUCCAUCAAUGUUCCAACCCAAGAAUGGAGUGAACACGAGGGCUACGUACGCUUUGAAAGAGGAUGGUACUGUCCAUGUGCUUAACGAGACAUGGAGUGAUGGCAAGAGAGUAUUUAUAGAGGGCACUGCAUAUAAGGCUGAUCCUAACAGUGAUGAGGCUAAACUCAAGGUCAAAUUUUAUGUCCCACCAUUCUUGCCUAUCAUUCCUAUUGUUGGAGAUUACUGGGUUUUGUAUCUUGAUGAGGAUUAUCAGUAUGCUUUGGUUGGCCAGCCUAGCAGGAAAUAUCUCUGGAUAUUGUGCAGGAAUACUCAUAUGGACGAUGAAAUCUACAAUCGACUGGUGGAGAAGGCCAGAGAAGAGGGAUACGAUGUGACCAAGCUUCACAAGACUCCACAGAGUGACCCUCCACCAGAAGAAGACGGGCCGCAGGAUACCAAAGGCAUUUGGUGGAUCAAAUCCAUUUUUGGAAAGUAG